AUGACUAACUGGGCAAUUGAGCUUAGUGAGUACGAUAUAGCAUAUGAAAGUCGAAAGGCCAUCAAGUCACAAGCUCUGGCCGACUUCAUAAUGGAGCUGACACCAUUAAACCCGGAACAUGAGGAGUCUGGGGGGGCAUGGAAGGUCUACAUGGAUAGAUCCUCCAACAAUAAAGGAAGUGGAGCUGGAAUCAUACUAGAAAGCCCAGAAGAAGUAACAAUUGAACACUUCUUGAACUUGGGAUUCCCAACUUCAAAUAAUCAAGCUGAGUAUGAAGCUUUGAUAGCCGGGUUGAUGCAAGCUAAAGAACACGGAGCUAGAAAGGUUCAAGUCUUCAGUGACUCACAGCUGGUGACUUCGCAAAUAGAAGGAAAAUACCAGGCCAAAGGUCCUCUGUUGAUGAAGUACUUGAGUAAAGUUCAGGAAAUGAUGGCCGAUUUUGAUGAGGUGCAGGUCACUCACAUCCCUCGAGGGGAGAAUAGCCGAGCUGACAUCUUGUCAAAGUUGGCAAGCACCAAAAGUCUGGGUAACCACAGAACUGUGGUUCAACAAAGCAUAGCAAUGCCGAGUUGCAUGAUGGUGAUAACCUUGGCACAUGACUGGAGGAAACCCAUAGUGGAUUACCUGGAAAAAGGAAUAUUGUCAGAAGAUCAUCUGGAAUCUAGAAAGCUGGUCCGAGAUGCGGCACAAUACACAAUUGUGAAUGACAAGCUAUUUAGAAAGGGUUUGCACAUGGGGAUGCUAAAGUGUAUGAGCUCGGAAGGAGCAGAAUAUGUCCUCACCGAGAUCCCUGAAGGAAUCAACGGCCAUCACAUGGAAGGAAAAGCCCUUAGAGCUGGUUAUUACUGGCCGACAAUGGAGGCAGACUCUGAAGAACACGUCAAGAAAUGUGACAGCUGCCAGAAGCAUGCCAGAUCUGGAAUACCAGCCGAGGUGGUCACUGAUAAUGGAACACAAUUUGCUGAUAAGAGAUUUCAACAAUUAAUGAAAGACCUGCAAGUCGCACAUCGCUUCGCAUCUGUGGAACACCCACAAUCGAAUGGGCAAGCCGAAGCAGCCAACAAAGGUUACAGAACAAGUACCCAAACUGCGACAGGUGAAACCCCUUACAGACUAACGCAUGGAUGUGAAGCCAUGAUUCCGGUGGAAGUUGGAGAACCCUCCUGGAGAAGACUGAAUAGUCUUGAACAGGGCGAGCAACAAAACAACAAGCUGCUUACUGAAGAGUUAGAUCUUGUAGACGAAGCCAGGGUUACAGCUCACUGCCGGGAUAUGAUGAGCAAACAACAAACAACGACAAAGUAUAAUAAAAAAGUGAGACUAAGAAUCUUUGAGAAAAAUGACUUGGUACUCAGUAAAGCAGAUAUUGGCAAUAAAAAUGCCAGAGAUGGAAAGCUAGCUGCAAACUGGGAAGGCCCGUAUCGGGUUAAAGAGAAGCUCAGGAAAGGAGCUUACGUCCUAGAAGCAAUAGAAGGCAAAGGAAUCAAGAGAACCUGGAAUGCGGAUAAGCUGAAGAUAUACUACAGCUAA